AUGGAUUCAUUGAAUAUUGCCUCACUUUUUGGAGUUAAAGGCCGUGUGGCAGUUGUGACCGGAGGAUGCAGCGGCAUAGGUUUCAUGAUCAGUAAGGGGCUUGUAGCCAAUGGCGUCAAAGUAUAUGUAGUGGCAUUGCCAUCAGAACCAACUGCCGCUGCCGUGGACGAGCUAAACGAGUUUGGCCAGAGUGCUGGCGGAAGUGCACAAGCUGUAGCCUGUGAUCUCUCUACAAAAGAGGCCAUUGCUGAGCUAGCCAGCUAUCUGAAGAAGAGAGAAGACCAUCUCGACAUGCUCAUAUCCAACGCCGGCAUCCGCAGAGAUCCCCCGAUACAGUGUAAUGUCAUCGAGGCAUCGCUUGAAGAGCUAAGGGAAUCAAUGUGGUCUUCUAAUCACUCUGACUGGGCUGACACAUUCUGCAUCAACACCACUGCUCACUACUUCCUCUCCGUUGCGCUUCUGCCGCUGCUUGCUGCAGCAUCCCAGCUAGACAUUGGUGGAGGACGUGGUAGUGAAGAAGGUCGCGGCGUUGUCGUCAUCACGAGUUCAUGUGCAAGUAUGCACAAUGUUACAAACAUUGAUCUCACUAGCUACGCUACGAGUAAAGCUGGCACAGAUCAUUUGGUUCGAUUGCUCGCUGCCAAGUUCCGUCAUCAAUACGUGCGAGUCGUUGGUAUUAAUCCAGGCUUUGUACCGAGUAAGAUGAAUCCUAUUGGAGAAGAGGACAACAUCUUUUCUUCGUUAUUCGACAAAGUGCCCGCCAAAAGGGCAGGGAAUGAAAGCGACAUGGCUGGUACUGUGCUAUAUGCUGCGAGUCGUGCUGGAGCCUAUGUAGACGGUGUGUCGCUGUGUGUCGAUGGUGGCCGUAUCUUACUCGCCAAUGGACAGGAAUAA